CGGCGAGACUUGGCAGUUUUAGCUUGUGUGAGCUGAGUGUGUGAUGAAAUAUUUCUCCAGUUUUCAGCGGAUUAAUCCUCCGUAGGUGGACUCCUCUGCCGGGAAGACGUCGAGGGGCAUUCACUUGAAAUGGCAUCAUCAUCCAUAGAGGUGAUGGGUGUGGGCGGUGGGGAAGUGAAGGUGAUGUUAAUGGAUGACAGUGCAGCUGAUGAUGAUGAAGGACAGAUGCACACCAUUAUUACUGCCAGUAAUGCACAAGGCCAGAUGAUAUCUGCAGUGGAGCCUCAGCCAGCUUCCAGUCAGGAUGAGGAUUUCUCGAGUAUGGAAAGUGAUUUCCAUACAAUGGAGGGUAUGGAACCACCUCCAGGCACCAUCAUCUUUUCACCACAAGACCUCAUGCGACCCAGCAAGCCUAUGGGUCGUGGCAGAGGUAGGGGUGCACGUAGUAGUUUGGCUUGUAUUAAACAAGAGCCUGUGGGCCCCCCUACCUUUGGUGGCAGUCAGACUUUGGAGAUGCCAGUUUCCUGUGAGGUUUGUGGUAAAGUAAUGAUGACUGGCAAGACUCUGGUGCAGCACAUGGCUAUACAUUCUGAUCUAAAGCCAUUCCAGUGUCCACAUUGCCCAAAAUCAUUUGCCCGCAAAGUACAUCUACAGGGACACUUGGUGGUGCAUGGGAUAGAGAAACAGUUUGAAUGUCCUGUUUGCCACCAACGAUUCAGCCGCCAAGACUGUGUUAAGGUACACAUGCGCCUUCAUGACAAGAGUAAAUGUGUAUAUUGUGAUGUGUGUCACAAAGCCUUCCUCACGGUGGGGGCUUUAAAUAUUCAUCUGCGUAUUCAUAGAGGUGAGAAACCUUUCAAGUGUCACCUAUGUAGUAAAUGCUUCACCCAGAAGAAUCACCUUAUCACCCACAUUAAACGCCAUACAAAAGUUGCUGAUGAACAUUUUACCAAAAAAUUAGGACCUCGUAUGUUCAAGUGCGAAUAUUGCCCUCGUUCAUUCAUUCGCUUAAGUGAUUACGAACGACAUGUUCAGUGGAAUCAUGGAGCUGUGGCGGAAGGUAGUAUUCUUGACAAACUGCCAACGGUUGGCAAUCUUUUGGAUGGAGAACUCAAGCAGACUGGCCUUGCUCCACAGAUUUUCAAAGCUCCCAAAGAUGCCCUGAACAGCAAACCCAAAACGCGAAGGGCCAAAAAGGUAAUGUGCACAACCUCAACCCAGACGGAUGAGGAAGGUGGCCGUGUCAUUAUUCCCCGCCAGUAUCAGGGGCAGGUAUCUGCAAGCACCCAGGUAUCUGCUCCCCCUACACCACGUCCAGCAGAUGAUGACAUGUAUGAGAAUGACAUAUUUGAUGAAGGUAUGGACCGCAACUACAGUUCAGAUGAAGAGGAGGGAGAGGAACAGCAAGAAAGAGGAAUAGGGGAGGAUCAGGUAGAUCGAAAGGUAUUUGCAAUGCCUGAUUCAACAGAAAUGGCAUCUGAUCCAAUACAGGAUGCAGCAUUUGAUGCAAUUGUGCAAGGAAAUUCAAAAUCAUCUCGAGAAGCUGGCAGCGAAGUGACGCGGGAUGGACACUCAGAAUUUUUACAAGAAGUGGUUUCCUCCAUGACAAGGCAGUGUAUAGGUACAAAAUCAGAAGAGAGAAGUGCUGUGCAGGAGAUUGGUUUUAGCCCUGAAGAUCAGCAAGGGAGUGUGACACAAGGCCAGCAGGGGAGUGUGACACAGGACCAGCAGGGGAGUAUGGCACAGGGUCAACAAGGAAGUGCCAUACAAGAUAUUUCUGCUUUGGAAGUGAGGGCGGUCCACAAAGAAGAUUUUGUUCUGGGACCACAAGUGAAUUCAGUAAGACAAGAUAGUAGAGUAGAAGACCAAGAAGUUGUAAAUAAAAGCCAAAUAUUAGAUAUACAGAGUGGAAGAGGCAGAGGUGAACAACCCCCCUCACAGUUUAAGAGGCCUAGAGGUCGAGGGAGAAAGCAUAGUCAUUUUGGGUUAUCAGGAGCUGCUGAACUACGUGCUAUAAGGAAAAGUAUGAUGAAGAACAUUUUAAGUUAUGAACCAGAAGAAACAAAGAAUUCAAACGCUUCAGGGGCAGAAGAGUCAAGGACCACCGUUGAAGCAGCAGAUUUAAAAACUACCACAAGUGUACCAGAAGAAGGAGAGACUGAGGGGCGAGGAAAACGCAUGAGUAAGAACAAGCAGCAUGGGAAGGACUUUGUGUGUAACAUGAAGAACUGCGAAACUUGCUUUACCACACCAAAAUCUGGUGUUAAGACUCAGACCAAAGUUAAAGUUAAGGUGAAGGAGAAGGAUUCCUCAGAGAAGUCAUCUGAAGCAGCAGCUGCAUUAGUGAGAAAAUUUAUACAUAAUCCUCCUAAAGAGCCAGUCAAACAGAUAUUAAAGGACAUCACAAGACAACCAGAUAAAAGGCCUUUGAAUGUUACUAAUACCAUGCAAAAUGUGGUCAGUUCCAUGGCAAAAUCUUCAGAUAAUAGUAUGAAAAGGGUAAAAGUAGAGAACAGGCCAGAUGACACAAAAAUGAAAGUUGGCAAUCGGGUUGGUUCUUACCCCGUUGACAUCACAGCCAACCCUCUUAGUAACAAGUCAAAGAAAGAAGAUUACUUUGUUACUACUAGUAAUUCUGGCAAUAUAGUCUCUCCACCUGUUGAAUUAAUGUCAUUUUGUAUUCCAACAUAUUCUUGUAAGCUUUGUAGCAGAGAAUUUAGAUUUGAAGGUAAACUUCAUCGUCACAUUGAGUCAGUUCAUCAAAACAAGGCAAUCUUUUCUCCGGAUGUGAAACCAGGUCGGGGUUCGAGCAAGAUGGUACCCAGCACCAGCCAGCAACCAAUAUUGCCACAUCCUCCUCCACAGUUGGAACCAGAAAAUCCAGAAAUUGCUGCGUUGCGAUCAGAGUGGGACGAUGAUGAUGACGACAUUAUGGAACCAGCAGCAGUGGCAGUCAGUACUGGUGUCUCGGUUAAUAGCUUUACUGGCCCACAUCCAACCAUGACUAUAGUCACACGAGAAAUAGCUCCAGUGACUACAACCAUUACUGAUGUGUACAGUUCAGGUGUAAAGGUUAACAUGAAUAAAUUGGCUGGGCUUCUGCCACAGCCUGGUAAAACCAUUCCAAUAAAUUAUGAAGGAAGUAGAGUAAAGAAUGAAAUAAAUGCUUCAGUUUCCUCAGCAGUUGAACAGUCUCACCCAACAAGGGAGCCCGAAACCAUCAUGGCGGACACAUUGGACAUGAAAUGCAGACGACUUUUGGAGAAAUUGUUUGAUCAUGAUUUGCUUUUGAGUUGUGGCUUGUUGGAGGAGCAUGUAUCUGUGGUGCUAGGGAGGGUUCUACAACACUAUGGUGUAAAGAUGAUUGAAGAUUAUGGACAGGGGCAGUAUGAAGUGCUCAAGUACAACUUAUGGCGGUUAAUUGAGUGGAAAGUUACCAUGGAACAGAUGGAGGAAUUUUACACUGCAGGUAAGAGUGUUGAGGAGAUGAUGGAUGACAUAAUGAAUGAACAAGUGCCUCUGGUGUCUCACCACUUUGUGCCACAGGAACAGGCAGCUCAGGGACAUGUACAGGUGAACCAGGCUGGCCAAGUGGCACAGGUAGAGGCUGUGGAUGUUGGUGAUGGCCAGAUGGUGUUGCAGCAUGUGGCUGGGGUACUGGGAGGUCAGAUAAACUUACCUGAAGGUGUCACACAGGUGGUGCUGUCUCAGGAUGUUCCACCUGACCUUCUUCAAGGGGCUCACAUAGUCACCAUUGAUCCUACCACAGGCCAGGUGAUUUCCCAGGUGACUGCCGACCAGGUAAUUCUCGCCGACAGCAUUGGCGAAGAGCUGGAACAAGUUUCAGCAUUGGAUGGACAAGUAGUCGUGUCUCAGGCACACGUGGUAAACCAGAGCGUCAGUCAAGGAAAUAUAGUGGUAACUCACUCAUCUGCCACACCAGUAGAAGUGAGUCAGGCACAGAUAAGCCAUGGCCAAGUGAUAGUGCAAGCAGCACCCUCUCAACAAGGUGUGAAGCUGGAGACCAGCAACAACAGCUUGGGUCACUCAGCCCACCAACAAUGAAGUUGGCUCCACAACCCCACUGCCCUGUACAAAAUAACAAGAUGCUUAGAAAAGACUUCAUUAUAUUUAAGCAUUCUAUAUACAUUAUAUAGAUUAUUCCUGAUAACUGAUCUUGUCUUUAUAUCAGUUGAUUUAUGCAGUGUUUUAUCAUAUAUAAUUUUAUCUGUAAAGCUAAAAAAAAAUAUAAGGAAAUUUGCAGAUGUUUCCUCAGGUUUCUUGUAAAUAUCUUAACAAUUGGCUAUAAAAAUUGUGUAGUGAGUGCCUUUCUUUACAAAACUACUGUAUGCAUAUCCAUUUGUGUUCUCAUUUAAUAGUAUUGUAUACUGUACACUAUAAUUUUAAUAUAAUUCACAACUGGUGAUUUGAUAAGGCAUUGAUUGUUGUCUUUUAAAGUAAUGAGUAAUGUAAGGCAUUCCUCUGUACUUAGAUGUGUUGGCAUUAAUUUGUUAAAGAAUUUUAUUAUUGAAAUUUAAUAAGUUUAAUUAUUGUACAUUGGUUUUACUCAAUUUCACAACUUAUGGUUGUCUCAUAUUUUCUACAGUUGUGUAACAUCAAGUGUGUAAUGGAAAUAAACAUACUUGCACUCUUAUUUAUAUUCUAAUAAAGAUGAUUAAAUUACAA